GUAGCUGGGAGAACCCAGCGAGAGAAGAAACGUUCCUACAAGGAUCUGCUUCGGGAAGAGGAGGAGAUAGCUGCUCAGGUUAGGAAGAAUUCAAAGAAGAAGCUGAAGGAGAGUGACCUCUUCUUACUAGGGACAGAGUCUCACACGAAGAAGAGGAAGCACUCCUCCAAUGAGCACUAUUACAGAGAUCUUUCUCCUUUUGAUUUAUCCCUGCCUUUGGAGCCCUCUUCAAAGAAGAGGAAAAAAAUAGUGCCUAGUCCACCCUCUGCUGAUACUGCCAUGGAUUUACUUAAGGCCAUCACCUCUCCUUUGACCACGGGCUCUAAGUCUUCUAAAAGGACAUCUGAAAAAUCAUCUCAUUCUUCACUCACUGCUUCUGGAUAUUCAGAGGGCAAGAGAGAGCAUCACAAAAAAAAGCCAAGUGGGAACAGUAGUGACCUGUCCUUGGAUGAUGGUUCUUUACACAAGUCAAAAAAGAUGAAGCCCCCUUAUGUGAACACUGAAACAUUGACCUUGCGUGAACCUGAUGGUUUAAAGAUGAAACUCAUCCUUUCACCAAAGGAGAAGGGGACGAGCACAGUAGAAGAGCCCUUUCCACACACAUCACCACCAGCAACAAAAAAGUCCUCUAAAAAGUCAUCUCGGGACGAACAUGGAUCAUUCCUCCCAAGUCACGAUAUGCACAGUUUUCUGAAAUCAUCCCGAAAGAAGCACAAACCACUGCCAGACCCGCAUCCCCCUCCAGUCGCUGAGAGCUUUGGCCCAGACACUCCUCUUUUCCCAGAAGGACAGAGCACUGAGUUUGAGCUUCUAGGCCUGGAGCCACAACUGGAAUCAGGUUCAUCCUCUGGAGGUGAGCUGGAGGCUGGCGAGUUGGUGAUUGAUGACUCAUACCGUGAGAUAAAGAAGAAGAAGAAAUCCAAGAAGAGUAAAAAGAAAAAGGAGAAGGAGAAGGAGAAGCACAAGGAAAAGAAGCACUCCAAAUCUAAGAAGAGUUCUGGGCUGCCUUCUUCCUUGGUGGUAGCUGAAGUAACAACGCCACCGCCAGUUGCUCCAACCAGCCCACAGUUUGCUGUUCCCAUUCUGCCACCACCUCCCCCUCCUCCUCCUCCUCCUCCGCCACCACCACCACCACCCCUUCCUGUUUUUCACCCAGAUGGCCAGAGUGAGAAGAAGAAGAAAAAAGAAGAAAAAGAGAAGGCAGAAAAAUUAGAAAAAGAAAAGGAAAAGAAGAAGAAUAUGUCUGCCUACCAAGUAUUCUGUAAGGAAUAUCGAGUGAACAUUGUUGCUGAACAUCCAAGGAUAGAUUUUGGAGAGUUGAGCAAAAAACUGGCAGAAGUUUGGAAACAGCUGCCAGAGAAGGAUAAGCUGGUUUGGAAGCAGAAGGCUCAGUAUUUGCAACACAAGCAAAAUAAAGCAGAGGCUACAACAGUGAAGAGGAAAGCAACCUCAUCAGAGGGUGCCCCUAAGCUGAAAGCUUCUCUAACAGGCGUGCUUUCACCUCAUAAGAAGUCCCCAUCUAGCACUGUAGUAUUACCUUCUUCACCCAUCAAAGUUCCUGAAACAGAUCCUAUCGAUGUCGCUGCACAUCUACAGUUGCUGGGAGAAUCUCUAAGCCUCAUUGGCCACAGGCUGCAGGAGACUGAAGGGAUGGUGGCUGUAUCAGGAAGCCUGUCAGUGCUCCUGGAUUCAAUUAUCUGUGCUCUGGGCCCUUUAGCAUGCCUGACUUCCCAGCUGCCUGAGCUCAACGGCUGCCCCAAACAUGUUUUGUCAAACACACUGGACAACAUUGCCUAUAUAAUGCCUGGACUCUGACAGGAAGAGGAUCCUGAGAUGUGAACCGCUACUGUGUAACUAGUGUGUGUGUGCACGCAUAAUGCAUUAUACUGGCAUUCUUGAAGGGGUCAAACCUGUAAAGUUUUAAUGUUUCAGUCUGUAAUGCAUAAGACAGAACU